GAGUGAAGUCACGGUGGCUCCAGAACACACCUACACCAAAUUUAACUGAACUUGUGUGAUUGCAUUUUAAAAUGACAAAAAGAUUUUUCAACUGAAGUAUUUUUUUAUUCAGUGACCGCAAUACAGCGGGUCCAACAUGUUUGCUGCACUAAAUUUUCGAUGGGUUUUGGUUUGGAUCUGCGUUAUUGUGUUCGGUUUUGCGACUCAAAGCCCACAGGGGUCGGCUCUGUACGUAACGCAACCGUCCGAUGCUACAGCAAAGUUGACGCAUCCUCAGCUAAAAACGAAUACUGAUGAUUACUACCUCAACCCGGACGAUGACUCCAACAACCAAGAUCAAGAUCUUCAAGUCAGGGCUAAAACCCCUAAAAGGCAAAGGGACAAGAUAUCCGCCGCGGCCAGAAUCACGAAUAGUGUACUCAACAUACGAUGUCAGACUGGGAAAAAAUACCGAAGACCUACCCCCAUCUACCCCACAUCUACAUCUACCCCAGUUCAUGAAGGACACCCUGCGGUGGACGAACUGGCGAAUCAACUGGCCGGCAUUCAACUCAAAAGUUCGUCCGUUUCGUCGUCUGGUUCAAAAUCAAAACGCUGCGGUCAGGUCAAAAGCUUCUUGAUGAUAUCUAUCAGCAGGAAGUCAUCAAAAAUUAUGAGGUCAAAUUCAAGAGGAUCCAAGGAGGAACCUGCCAAGGACUCCCCAUCAAUGAUGGACUCUCAGAUGGACACCGGAUACCAUUCAGCUUAAAGUGUAGCCCACACUGAAAACAAAGCAUGGCAACAUCUACCAUACGUCUACCUGUUUUUUAAACAUUGAAACUAUCUAGU